AUGAGUAGUAUCUUCACCUAUGGUGCGUUGGGUCGCAACCCUGCAGCCACCAAAUACGGUAUGAUGGCUGCCAUAUCCUCUAAAUGCGGUACGAAAAAUUUUAUCUACACAAGUUGUCACGACGACCGUCACCCGUUUCCGAGACACCACCACCGCCAAAGUGACGUGCCAUGGAAACACUCCUUAUGGUGGAAUAAACUUCGGUGGUGGUGGCACGACUUUCGUAUGUUUGGGUUGAAGGGUACUAUUAGGCGCCACUACUACAUUGGUGAAGCAUGGAGACGAAAAGAUGAGAAGAUAUUUGUUGGAAAGGAUGAGAACGGAAACAAAUAUUGGCUAGCCCGUCGUUCCCCCGGUUCCUUUCAUGUGCGUAUGGUUGAAGCUGCUGAUCCGCACUGGUUCAGAGGCCAAGCCCCACACACCGCCUCACCCAUGUGGAUGAAAUGGAUGCAAGGAAAUGCCGCCCACACGCCCGCUCAAGUGAAGGCAAGAGGUGAGUGGGGACACAACUCUCGCUUAGGUAUGCCCCUGCCGUUUAAUAUCAAAUAUGACGAGUUUUCCCCUAUUAACAAUGGUGAGGUGUUCUCCCGUGAUCCUAUGUGGGUAUCUGCACCGGGGUUGUUAGUGAACCCGGAACGGCGUGCGUUGGAAGAGGCGGGUUAUUCCCGUUGGGUCAUCAAUAAGGGAAUGCCGCAAUAUAUGCCCUUCUGUGGCGUACAUGAUUAUCCAGAUGAACUGGUGGAGGAGUAUUAUAGAGGACAGUGGGCGUUCGGGCGGGCUAGCAAAGGUAACGACCACGAUGAGUGGAGAAACUAA